AUAGGGAUUCUGAUAAUGCAGUCUGCAGUGCCGCUGGCUUGCUUCCUGUCUUUAAUACGACCUCCAGGGGUACAGUUCGAGAACGCCCUCCUGCAAAUAGCCCCUGUCGACAAAGCAAAAUGUCCCUUUGUACGAGACCAUAGUGACAUAGAGUUCAGAUUGUAUACUCCGCGCAAUCCGCUAGAGUACGAAGUUCUGCAAACCGAUGACGACGAGAAACUGUUCGCGUCGAGCAUCGACUUCCACAUACCGACGGUUAUCUAUUUCCACGCGUUCAUGGAGACGCCGGAUGAUGGCAGCGCAUUGGCCAUUAGAGAGGCCUACGUACUCCGUGGAGACACGAACGUAAUAAUGGUGGACGCGUCCCGUUUGGAGGCCGGGCCUUGGUAUUUUACAGCGGCGGAAAACACUUGGUAUAUCGGAAGAUUUGCUGCGCUGUUGAUCGAUUGGAUGGUUUCAAGAGGUCUGGACUUGAAAAAAACGCAUUUGAUUGGACACAGUUUGGGUGCUCAAGCGGCUGGCGUUGCCGGAGCCGCAUUAAACUCUGGUCGGGUAUCAAGAAUAACUGGUCUGGAUCCAGCGUUGCCCCUCUUCGCUCACCUCCCUAAAGAACAGAUUCUGGACCCCACAGACGCUGAUUUCGUCGAUAUAAUACACACUGACGCUGGGAUAUUUGGCGUGAACCACCCCAUGGGCCACGCGGACUUCUACCCUAACGGCGGUAUCAGUCCACAGCCGGGCUGCGAGCUCGAGGUCGUCAUACCUGAACAGUUGCUGCUCAAUAAAUUUUUCUGCAGCCAUUGGCGUUCAUACAUGUUCUACGCCGAGACCGUUUUGAAACCGGCCGCGUUUACAGCCUCGUCUUGUGCAUCGUGGCAGCAUUAUAAAAGAGGAGGUUGUUCUAAUGAAAUGAAGGCGCAUAUGGGAUUUGGCGUCGAUCCUCAGUCACGAGGCACCUUCUUUCUUAGAACGAACGCCGUGUCACCAUUCUCCAUACAAUAAUAACAUUUAUGUUUUAGAAAAUUAUACUAAUUGUAGGUCUUAAGAUAAUAAUAAUAAAGUGGUACUGCUCGAUGCGGCACGUAUCGUUCGGCGAGUCCGAAACAAUUACCGUCAAUAAAUAAUAUUCGACCGAAUCAAAUAACAAUUUGAGUAUUACUAUGUGAUAGUAAUUGUUUCGGACGAAUGUCGAAUAGAGAACGGGAGUAGAGCCCCUGUGCCGUUGUCGAGGAAUACCGCCUCUCCUAUUAAAAUUUUUGUUUUUAAUUUCCGUAUCAGUACAGCUCCCUGUGGGAGUUCAUCCAGGGAAGUACUGCCACCAUUUUUGCCGCCAAGCAGUAACGUGAGCAUUACUGUUUUCCGGUUUUCAAGGUUAAUGGCGCCGGUAAAACUACAGGCACAUAAAUGGACUCUAUCGUGACAGCUCAACAAAUCGACUCCUCCUACGUAAAUUUUAUUUUAUUUAUUUAUUUAUUUCAGGCAACUAGGACCCAUAGAUACAUACCUUACAGACUAACAUAC